GGCCUGAGAAACUGUGCUAGGGACGAGAACCAGUAAGAUCUACCCCGAUCAGUGGGGCCUGGGAAACUGCGCUAGGAACUGUGCUACCUUUCCCCAGCAAAGUAUGAAUAAAGGGAAGUACCUGAAGGGACCAUACUCCCUGGAAGAGUAUCAAUAAAGGAAGCACCAGGGAUUCCUUGGUGAGUAUCAAAAACUAUGCUGUUACUAUGGCUAAGGAGUAUGGAUACUCCUGCCAGGGUGUGGUGGGAACUUGGAGACCGGCGAACUCGUGGCCGGUCCAUUUGAGUUUGGUGAUUUUGUGGGCGCAGUUCGAUUCUCGACGGAUUCGAAGAAGCUCGCAAUCAACUCAGGAGUGGGGAAGUGCCUUCAGGUCUGGGAUAUUCCAAAACAGAAAUUGGAUGCGAGCAUAGGGGAAAUUGGCGGAGGGCGUGUGAUGCUUGCGCCAAUUUUCUGGACAAAUAAAAACAAAACCAUCGUGGCCGCAUCCAGCUUGACGGACUCAGAAGAUGACCAUGCCUCGACAAUUUACGAAUUUGACGCCUCGACGUCGGAGACUGUCGGAACUCCCUUCGAAGGGCACACCGAAACUGUCAAUGGUCUAGCACUUUCAUCCGACAACAUUCUCCUCGCUAGCUCUUCUGGGGAUGACAUCAAACUCUGGGCCUUCGAGUCCCGCCAACUCCUCGCUUCCUUCGACGUUCAACCUCCCCAUACCCUUACCCUCUCACCUGACUCGUGCAAACUAGCUUACACGAGUUACGAUAAGAACAACGAUGGGUACAACAUUUACAUAUGCGAUAUUCCGCCCAAUGUGCUUGCUCAGGCCCGUACUAAUGCACGCAAAAAGUCAACCCUCCAUGAUCUUUUAAAUUCUGACGCAACUCGUCGUCCUCCUGCAGUGCACCGCAAACCACCGAUACCCGCCAUACCUACGGUGCAGAGGCCUCCGCCUACAAUCAACCCACAGCAACCCAUUUUACUUCGCCUCCGCAAACUUCUUCCCUUCUCUUCUCGUACGGCCACAAUUCCUCCUGUUCGCAAUCAUAUUGAGCCUCGCGGUCCUCUAGAUGUAUGUCCCCCUUUUUUGCUCAUUUCUCAUUUGACUGGAUAAUCGCGAUGUAGUUUCCUGCUACGUUGCUCCUACUCCACUCUCUCUCAGGGCGCACCACAACUCAGGGACGUUUGGAUAUCAAUUCCGGCUCUCAACCACUACCUACCACCCGAUCGUCUGCCACGCCGCCCAC